AUGCUAAUGUUGAGGAUGCUGCGGUGCACUGCAAUUGUGAGGAGGGCAAAGACUGCUGUUUCUAUAAGAACAAGUGACUUUGUGCUGUUGGGGAUCUUCAACUUCAUCAAGAAGAAAGUUCAGCAAGUGAAAGAUGGCGUUCCUGAGGUUGCUGGUUCUGCUGUUCGUUGGGGUUGCAGUUGCUGGGGCCAACUGAGGUCCGGAAGGUGGGGCGUUCCUGUGUCGGGACGUCUGUGGCAAGGAGGUGAGGGGCGCCAGCAGCUACAGGCGUCGCGUGACGUUUGUCAGGGCAACGCUGUUCUUGGACUGCGUCAGGCAGGCGGACCUCAAGGAGGUAAAGCUGCUUUCUCCGAUGGUCUGCAUCGGGCAUCAAUCCAAGAUGGAUCGUGUGGUGACGCCGUGGAGGUGGUGCAAGGAAGUCAUGCCACCCGAACCAGAGAUCUCGACAGCGGCAGUUCUGCCGGUGGGCCUUGCCCGGUGGUGUUAAUGGCCAAUUUGGCGGUUGUUCACGUGCCGGCGAGCAAAACGCCGCUUGUGGUUCAGGCACCGCCCUCAACGCAGCAAAGCGUCGUAGUGGCCCAAGAGGUGCCACACGUCAUUAGGGCACUGUUGUUGACGCCAGAAGUGACAGUCAACAUUAAGCAUGGUGUUGCGCACGUCGAGGCGGACGUGGACCCAUGGACUGCCAUGGUCCUGGUCUUCAUGGGCCUUGGAGGGGCAGGGGCUAUGUCCCUGGCUGUCUUUUUGGUCUGGCUUGUUAAGUUCAUCAGGAACAAGUCAUCGUACAUGAGGGAGCUGGUGCUGAUGCUGACGGCGGAGGAUCAGCAGGAUCCAGAAGCCCAACCAGUGGUGGAUCUGCUGGGGCUGGAAGAGACGGAUAAGCCCGUUGAAGAAGAAAAAGAGGAAGAGUUGGUCCUUGAGGACAACAACCCUUUUAAAGAAAUGUUGAACGCGUAAAAUCUUAAGAAGCGCGUCAAAGAGAGAGUGCCAUUUUUUGUACCCACAUUUUAUAUGGGUCUCUGGCAAUAGAGAAAUUGUAAAAAGAA